GUGGGGCAUGUUUGAACAAUUGGAUUUCGUCGAAUCAUAGAUGAUCAGAAGGGAGCGCAGCUGAAGCAACAUCCUUUAGAUCCAAGUAUUUCUUUCAUUCGGAGGUGAUUAUCAUGGUGGUGGAUAUAAUCACCCUCUAGGGCUCUAAAAAUGCCCGUUUAAUUUCUGGAAGAGAAGGCCCCUUGCUGCUUCUUUGGGAAGGGAGUCGUUAUUUUUGCUGUUUGUUUUCCUAAAGAAAGGGAUGAAGGUGUUUGUAGGGAGUCCGGGAAGUGUGAGUGGACUGCUGUUGAGGAUCGGACAAUGCUUGUUCGCAGCUGGCUCUAUUGGGGUCAUGGCUUCCGCUUAUGGGUUUUCAAACUACACUGCUUUCUGCUAUUUAAUUGCAUCAAUGGGACUUCAAAUGCUGUGGAGCUUUGGGCUUGCAUGCCUUGACAUCUAUGCUUUGAAGAUAAAAAGAGACAUCUGUAGUCCAGUCUUGGUCAGCCUGUUUGUUGUGGGGGAUUGGGUGACAUCAACAUUAUCACUUGCGGCGGCUUGCUCCUCUGCAGGGAUAGCAGUUUUAUACUCAAAAGAUUUGAAGUUCUGCCAUGAUCCACGCCAUCUUCCGUGCAUCAAAUUUGAGCUAGCAGCUGUCUUGGCAUUUAUAACCUGGUUCCUUAUUGCCAUUUCAUCUCAUGUAAUGUUCUGGAUCUUGGCGUCAGUUUAGUUCUUGACCAGGCCCACCAUAUUUUCCUCAAAGUUGCCACGUUGAUGAUCUAUUCCCCCCUGUAAAUCUACUUCUCCAAACUUUCAAGCUGUAACGUAUCUUCCUUUGUAACUUCUGGGAUGACUUCUUCCCUAGUGGUGUGAGCCUACAUGUCUGGCUGUAUUCUCUAAACUCCUAGUCUAGUUGCUUGAACAUAGAAGGAUAUCAUUAGCUGGGAUUAAACCUGAGAACUGUGGGAAGAAGGGGAGGGUAAAAACCAUAUGAAGCCAACCAUGUUGGUACCAAUUGGUCUUUGAUCAAAGAUACAUAGCACAUAGGGAGCUAAAUCUCGACUAUUGGAUGAUGAUAUAAUAGAGUUCAUUAAUGUCUGCAUUGAAACGAGGUAAGGGUUAAAUUGGUCCUCGAAAUUGCAGAAAAAGGGUCAAAUAAGUCCUUAUAUAGGAGACUAUGUCCGGCCGUCGCCAUUCGGGGCGAUUCCUGUUGAAUUUUUUUGAUGAAUUUUUUUGAGCAUCUUAUUCAUCAAGUCUAGUUUACUCAUACCAAAUUUCAGCUAAAACUUCAAUCGAGAAGGCAUUCAAAUGAAGUCUUGAAGAUAACUGCGCAGUUAAAAGCACAGUUACCUUCAAGAAUUCAUUUGAAUGUCUUCCUGACUGGAGUUUUAGCUGAAAUUUGGUAUGAGUAAACUAGACUUAAUGAAUAAAAUGCUCAAAAAGUUUAUCAAAAAAUUCCAUCAGGAACCGCCCCGAAUGACGACGACCGGACAGUAAAGACUUAUUCAACCUUUUAUGCAAUUUCGAGGAUCAAUCUGACACUUACCUCGCAUUGAAACUCAUGAUUGUGCAUUUGAAUUUAUGUUAAGGAGUAAAUUAUAUACGCAAUACUUAUUUGUUUUUUA